UAAUCACAAUAGUUGCAGAAGAUAGAGGAGUAUUUGAGAGAUAGAGUAAUAGCAAGGAGGAAGAAGGCAAGAAAGAUAGUGAGGCAAUUUUCUGAUGAUUCAUUCCAAAACGAAGGAUUACAAUUUAAAGGGAAAAACAAUUAGAAAACUUCAAAGCUACUCCUAACAACUAGGAAGUAGUAAACGUUAACUGGCAUCCCCACCAUUCCUUUAUUUAAGCAAAACUAAAUCAAAAGACUAGAACACGUUGGCGGCUAAUUCCCUGCUCACACAUCUUGCACCUGAGCUUUGACUCCUGGCCCACCUGGGCUUUGACUUCUGGAUCUCCCUUUGGGCUUAACUCGUCUUUGGCCUUCAUGCUCGACAUGGGCUUCGACACGUAACAUAUAUCCUUUGAGAUUAUAACUUCAUAGCAUAGCAUUCUUUGCAGCAGCCAUGGCUGAUCCUCCAAAUCAUUUCUUCAAGUUCAUUCCACCAGACUCAAAGUUUAACCUCUCUAUUCCAAAAUCUUUUUUGACCAAGUUGGACAGAUGGAGAGGCAAGAAAGCGAUACUGAGACGAGGGCGUCGCAAAUGGGCGGUGCACAUUGGCGACAGAGGGGUUUUUGGUGAUGGUUGGAGGAAGUUUGUGGUGGAGAAUGGAGUGCAAGAGUUUGACAUUAUUGUGUUCAAACAUCAAGGAAACAUGGUGUUUGACUUUUUUGUGUUUGACCCAUCUACAUGUGAAAGACAAUAUCCAUAUUUACCUGACAAUGUAGAAGUCUCUCUCCCAGAAUCUGAUUCACUUCACACACAUGAGAUGUCAAAGAGGCUCAAAAAGCGCAAGUGGACUGACUAUUCAUCUCAAAGCAACGAUAAACGUUGUUUUGUGACCAUAAUGACACCUUAUUUAAUCAGAACAACAAGAAUGCAUGUUCCAAUGAAAUUCGCUAGAUCAAACGGAUUAACUACCAAAGGAUUGCGCACACAAAUAGUUUUAGUGGAUGAAGCAAAGAGGACAUGGCCAGCAACACUCCAUGUGAAGAGAGAUCAAAUUCGUUUAACGGGUUGGCGUAAACUCAUGAUAAAAAAUGACUUAAAAAUUGGGGAUGCGUGUAUGUUUAAGCUCGUCGAGGAUGGAGAUGUGCCCGUUUUCAGUUUCUAUAAUCUAGGAAAGAAGAAAACCAACAACCAUGUGCAAGUAAAGAAGGAGAGUAGAUCUACGAUAAAGAUAAAGACGAUGACUGGAUCGAAUCUCGGCAAUCAUCCUUACUUUAUUUUAACUAUGAAGCCUUCUUAUAGAGAGUGGGGAUUGUGUCUUCCAGUUGAAUUUUCGAAAUCAUGUCGUUUAAAAGCAGGAGAAAUGAUCCUCAGAAACGAUAAAGGUAGAUCAUGGAAAAUUCAGCUCAAGAAAAAAGGUGAAAAAUAUUACAAUUUUGGUUAUGGUUUUAGAGAUUUCUGGGAUGCAAAUGGAUUAGAGGUUGGUGAUGACUACAAGUUUGAGCUCGUUGAGAACGAGGAGGACAAGCCUCCCAUUGUGAACUUUUCGUUGAACGUAGACUCGGUUCCCUCUGGAAAAGAAGACCCCUCAUUAUACUACAUUGGCAAAGUGAACACCUACUCCAUGUAUUUGGCUAGUGAAUUUGUGAGGAAGAAUGGAUUACUCAACAAAGAAGAAAUGAUUCUCAAAAACGACGACGAGAGGUCAUGGAUGGUGGAUGUAAAGCAUGGAAGGAAGUAUUGUUACUUAGGACAAGGAUGGAAAGGAUUUUGUGCUGCAAAUGGCUUAAAGGAAGGGGAUCUUAUCAAACUUGAGCUGGUCAGUAAUGGUGACAUACCCGUCGCAAAGUUUUACAUUCAAUAGAUCCGUUAGUUACUGCAGCUAACAAGGCGUAUCGUUCAUGAUGGCUAAAAGUAUAUCGAUUUAUAACGUGUUUUGACGAACGUUUGUGUUAUAAGUGUAUCUUUUGUAAAACCAUCCAAACGUUUGUAAUAUGUAAUCGUGAAGUAUAGUCGUAAUUCAUAUAUAAGGCGGUGGACUUUGGGUA